UAAUGGAAAAAAAAUCAAUGAAUGUUAUUUCUUCAUGACGUGUAAUUUUCAUUUACAAACUGUGUUUGGAAGGCUUGAAUCAUAGAGAGUGAAUUACAUAUGUAUUUAUUUUUGUGUCAAUUUAGUCGUAUUUUAGAAUAAUCGUCAUUCACAUUGAUACUGUGCAAAUAACUGUUAUGCAUCAUUUAUAACGAUUCCACGUAAUGAAAAACAAAUCAAUGUUUCAUUUACAUUAAUAUUUAAUCGCAAUUAGCGAAUUUAUUCUAUAAUGUGCAUUGUAUUUUAAUAUUGUGAAAGUUCAUGGAUACAAAGUCUACUUCUUAAUAAAGACACUUUAAAUAAAUAAAGCAUCGUAAAUAAUAUAAAUAUGGAUGAAGAUGAUGAUCAAUAUCAAGGAGUUUGCGAUGUAGGUUCAUUUCCUCAAGAUUUUGGGUACGCAUUAUUUGAUGGAGAAACAGAAGAAUCCAUAGAUCCUUUAUCAGGAGAACAAAAACCAAGAAUACUUUUAAUGGGUCUGAGGAGGAGUGGAAAAUCAUCAAUACAAAAAGUAGUUUUUCAUAAAAUGUCUCCAAAUGAAACAUUAUUCUUGGAAAGCACAAAUAAGAUUAUUAAGGACGAUAUAAGUAAUUCUAGUUUUGUUCAAUUUCAAAUCUGGGAUUUUCCAGGACAAAUUGACUUCUUUGAUCCUACUUUUGACAGUGAUAUGAUAUUUGGUGGUUGUGGAGCAUUAGUUUUUGUUAUCGAUGCUCAGGAUGAUUAUAUGGAAGCACUUAAUAAAUUACACUUAACAGUUACAAAAGCAUACAAGGUUAAUCAAGCUAUCAGAUUUGAAGUUUUCAUACAUAAAGUAGAUGGUUUAACUGAUGAUUGUAAAAUGGAAACACAAAGAGAUAUACACACGAGAGCAAAUGAUGAUCUUGCAGAUUCUGGUUGUGACCAAAUACAUCUUAGUUUUCAUUUAACAUCCAUAUAUGAUCAUAGUAUAUUUGAGGCAUUUAGUAAAGUUGUUCAAAAAUUAAUACCACAAUUACCAACCCUAGAAAAUUUACUUAACAUACUUAUAUCGAAUUCUGCGAUUGAAAAAGCAUUUUUAUUUGAUGUAGUGUCUAAAAUUUAUAUUGCAACCGAUAGUUCUCCUGUAGAUAUGCAAAGUUAUGAACUUUGUUGUGACAUGAUUGAUGUUGUCAUUGAUGUAUCGUGCAUAUAUGGUUUGAGAGAGGAUUUAGAGGCUGCAGCGUUCGACAGUCAGAGUUCCAGUCUAAUUAAACUGAAUAAUGGAACCAUUUUAUAUCUGCGUGAAGUUAAUAAAUUCUUGGCCUUAGUUUGUAUCCUACGCGAAGACAAUUUCGAUAGGCAAGGUGUAAUUGAUUACAACUUUCUUUGUUUUCGAAAAGCCAUUCAACAAGUCUUUGAAUUACGCAAUAAGGCUUUAGCAUCUACAAAUGUUAAUAAUCAUUUGACUCCUCCUGUUAAUUCAAAUGAAACUUCAAAUGCUCCUACAGUAUCACAAAGUGGAACCAUGGGACAAAAUGGCACUGUUGUAAUUGCACAGAGUUAAUUUCUGUAUGUAAUAUUUUUAAUUUUUAUUUAAGCCUUGUAAUAGAAGGCAAAAUAUCUUUUUCAUAUACAUUUUUUUCACUUACCUUUUACUUACUGGUAAAUAGUAUAUCAUAUAAUCAUGUUAUUAAUAAUUUAAUUUCAUAAAUAUUCAAUUAGUAUGCUGUAAUUAUUCUAUUCUUACUUAUAAAAUUUUUGUAAUGGAUAUAUAAUAAAUAAUAUAUAUACGUUU